GUCUCGUACCGGAAGUGUCGGUGUGGUCACCGUGAACUUGACGCUGCCGGUCAGCAGAAGGUCGGUAGACGGACAGCAGCAGCACUCCGUUACCGGGGAGUUAAACAGUGAACGGCUCCGUUUACCGGCGGGAUUCAAUCCGUGUGAGCGGGAAGCGGCUAACAGGCUAACAGCUAGCUCCCCUAACCCUCUCUGACCGGUAGUUAGCCGUUAGCUGGGAUAGCCGUUAGCAUGCAGUGCGCUAACCUGCUGAAGAAAAGAAGUCUGGAUCCGCAGGAGUCCUGGAGCUGCUCCCCGAAGCGGAUGUGUUUGGAGGCGGAGCUUCAGGUGUCUGAAUGCCCAAUGGAGACAUCCCACAGUUUUCCUGUAGCCAAUCAGCACCUGGGACAGCAGGUGGUCCAGCCCAGACCGGCUGUGCUGUGCUGCCCCCGCUGCCUCGGAGGAGAACCGGGUCACAUUAACCACAUCAUGGGUCACUGAAGAGGCUCCUCCUCCUGACAGCCGUCCAAUCAGGUGUUUCUGUAGCGCUGCUGGAUGAUGUCAUCACGACCACGCCCACAGAGAGGGCCAAUCAGGUGCUGAUUGUCUCUACCUGCUGGUGGCUGUUAGAUCACCUGUCCUGUGUUUACCUCCAUGAUGUGUUCAGGGACACUCCAGUGUUUAGUGUGUUGUGUGUUGUGUGUGUAGUUUGACUGAAGCUAAUCAAUAAUCAGUGAUGCGUUCACUGUCUCCUCGUAAAGGGCUAUAACUGUUAAUGAAGAGUAAAUCUGUGAUGCAUUCAGGAAAAAUCAGCCAAUCGGUUGUUCAGGAUCAGUACUAACGGGGUUUAAAGGGACUGAAUGUUUUUAAAGCAUAACGAGGCGUUAAUUAAAGUGUCCUGUUUGUACAUUUCUAUUUUUAUGAGCAGAGUUUAUAUUUCUACUUUAAUCUCACUGAAUUUGCUUUGGGGCCGACCAAUCAGAGGGCAGCGUUUCUACUGCACACUGAUUUCAAAAUAAAAUACUUUAUUGUGA